CGCCUUUUGGAAAUGUGGCCGCUAUCAGACCAAACAACAACGAGCUCCCGCAGAACUAUACUGCUUCCCAAUCCCCUUUGAACGGUGCAACGACAAGUAUUAUAUACAAAUAGCGAAAAUGUCAAACGCUUCCACAAAGAUCGCUGUGUAUUCACUGCCAGAUCUAAAGAAUACGACCGAUGAUGCACUUCCUAACUACCUACACUCCCUCAAAUUUCGACAAAUUCACACGCAAACGGACGUUCGUCUCGCUCUCGGAUAUGUGGCCGUGAUCAUUGCUGGCGUGCUAUUCUACUUCGACUGGACAUUGGGCUGGGACGCAACCAAGCCGUAUACUGCGCCAGCGGUAGCUGCCUAUUUCAUUCUGAAUGGCGCGUUUACAUAUUGGCUCUGGUUUGUCGAGAAGGGUGCCGUGUACGAAGGAGAGGGGAAGACCGGGAAGAUCUUGAUCCGGUCGAGCACGAAGAAGCACACCCCGAUAUAUGAAUGCGAUGUCACUUUCACGCCUUCCCCCACUUCCUCCAGUCCUUCCAAGACGAUCCACAUCCGGGCACCCUUCACAAGAUGGUUCACCUCGGAUGGCUAUUUCGUUGCGAAACCUUUUCAACAGUGGCUCGCGUCCGAGGUUCCUGUCGUUGGGGCCGCCGAUCCUAACAAUGUCGUUGAGGAGAUUGGCAGAGGUAGCGAGACCGAGAGAACCUUCAAUGUGUCCGGUAACAAUGCCAUUGACAUACUAGAGCAGCUUAAGGCAGGCGCAAAGGUACAGGGCGGCGGCGAGCGAAGGAGGAAAGUAUAGAUAUCAUAGCAAAUCACCCUGGAAAUUCGAGGAAAAGUGAAAGGAAGGGUAAAUCAAGAAGCACGGCAUAAAGUAAAACGGCCUAAAAUCCGGAAUUGAGAGCGGCAAAUAAAGGGCGUAUCCGGACAAAGGUUAUCAUUCUUUUGGAGAAAUCGAAGAAUUGCCUCGAAUCAACACUUGCCCUCGACUCGUCAAUCAGUAGCAAACGGGAUUCGCACUUCUUGCCGAGGGUGCUUGAUAUAUCAAGGGUAUCGCGCAUGCCAAUUCCGUGUCACUGUACCCUAUCUGACGUGAUGGUCGAUGACCAUGAUUGCUUGUUGGGUAUUCCCAGUGUCAACUGCGUAAAUAAGCACCAAGUGGCUGCAUACUUGAUUGAAUUCGAUUGUACCUCUAUAUAUGUCGUAAAGAUACAAUGGUUUGGGUGACGAAUUGAUACCCCUAGCUACUACAAAGUAAUGA